UCCGGCUAGAUUUGCUGCUAGCCAGAGUGGAUCAGCUGGUGUUUUUCUGAGUGUGUGUUUACAUUACCGCUUCUCCUGCUUGUAAAAUCACCUAUUUGAAGAUGUGCCGCUGAAGAAUGCGAUAAAUGGCAGAAUACAGUGGGUGUGGACAGCUUGGCAGGAAACCGGAGCAUUUUCUCACAUUGAAGGGAGAAUUUGUGAUGAAAAAGCAGACUGUUAGCUGAAGACUUGCAGACAAGACUUUAUAGUAAGUAAAGCCGCUUUUAUAGUAAGACAUUGACUGCUAGAUUCCAGAAGUCUUCCUCUCUUCCACAUCAACAACCAUCAACAACACCGAGAUAUACAGCUUUAGGACCAAGGUAGUCAUGCAGAAGACCGUAGUCUGUGGAUUAUCUCUGAUCCAGCAUUGUACUGAGAGAAAUGUUUGCUAAGAGCUUCAGAGCCACUUUCAUACCAUUUCAAGGUGAAUUAGAUUCAGCAGGCAAAGACAAGAACGCCCGAUCAGCUACUCUCUGAGUACAUGCAAUCAUCUCAAUGUUUUGAGCUUCCAUCAUGCCUGCUGGAGAUGUUGGCCUGGGCCGGGUAGAGGGGGGAAGAUUGCCCUGGGUGUUUCUGGUCCUGAUCCUCACCGCCAUCACCUCCUCCUCGCUGUCUGUGCUUUCUCUGUACCAUGUCUUAGCCCUGAAAUCAGAGGUGGAGGGUCUGAAGGCCGAGGUGGUCCGCAAGAGAGAGGAGCAGAGCAGGACUCUGGAGGAACCUGUGGAGGGGGCAGACAAACAGACCCAGCAGCAGCAACAAGAGGACAGCAAAGACGGAAUUGAGUGUCUGCAGCACACUGAGAUCGAUGAUGCCACAUCAGACCACAAUGGCAUGACAAAAAGGAGUCUGGGUCAUGUUUCAGACAAAGCAGAAUUCCAGCCCUUUUUGCAGGUGAUGGCAGACAACAGAAGGAAAACCUUCCAGAAAGAAUUUGCAAUGGAAAUAUGCACAGCCAUCCCGUGGCAGACAGGUCUAAAGCGAGGCUCAGCUCUGGAAGAAGAGCAGGGGACCAUUUUAGUCAAAGAGGAAGGAUAUUUCUUCAUCUACAGUCAGGUGUACUACACUGACUCUACAUUUGCCAUGGGCCACAUUGUGAUUCGUAUAAAGAAAAACGUUGUAGGAGACGAGAGUCAACAUGUCGUUCUGUUCCGCUGUAUUCAGAGCAUGAAUCGAGUCAAUCACUUCAACACCUGCUACACUGGAGGCAUAGUGAAGCUGGACUCUGGAGACAGAUUGGAGCUUCUGAUACCUCGUACACAUGCAAAUAUCUCUCUGGACGGGGAUUCCACCUUCUUAGGAGCAAUAAAACUGGCUUGACUCUUGGACAGACAGUCAGUGACCUUGGUACUGCAGUCUGAACUUCCAAUUAAUGCAGAGAGAGGCAGUUUCAUUGACAUAAAGAGCUGCUUCUUGAAACUUUCCUCAUAGAGCUGCAUUGUAUCCUGGAAGAUGAACUUUGUACAAGCUUUGGUUCACACCCCAGUUCCAUUUUGUUGGACUUCCACUUAUUUUGUGAAUGGAUAUGUGACAUUAACAGUUAACAGUUGCUUCAUUUAUACUGUAGAUUUAGAGAAUAACAAGUGUCAAGCAAAUUGAGAAACAUCAACAGUUCUAAGCAUUUUUAUGGAGUUCAAGUCAACAUGAAAUCAACAUCGACCCUAUUUACUUUCUUAAUGCACAUUCCUGAUAUUACUGUGUGACUCAUAGAUGCACACUGUUCCAAAUAAAACUUUGUCAUAAUAGUUUCUGAAAAUCGAAUAACUUGCUCCACCCCUGAAAUGACUUUCCUUUCCAGCUUAUGUCACAAAUUCUUCUUAUUAGCUGCAUUGUGGUAUAUAACUUUUCAGGUUCCAAUCAAUUCCCAAUAUAUGAAACCAAGUCCCCUUAUGUUUUUUUCUUCCAUUAAAUAUCCUGUUUGACUUGGAAAUAUAUCACAUUAAAAAAGUAAAAUGGGUUGUGAACAGCGUGUCAUGUUGACUUUUAUAUCUUUAGUCAUCUUUUGUAAACGUGCAUCCACACACACACACACACACAUUUUGGUUAUUUUUUUUUUUUUUUUAGUUUUGUCAAGACAGUUCUUCUUAUUCCUAACACACAAUUACAACAAAUACUUUCUGAUUCUGAGCAUCUGUUUCAGAGUAACAACUCUGUGUAUUUUGGUAACAGAAAGGGAAAUAUAAUGUUAACAAAGAAAGCACUCUGACUUUAAUAACACAACCUUUCCUUUCGUACAACGGUAGGUGUUUACAUUUUCAAGUAAAGAUGGCGCUUCCAACAUUCUACCUGCAGAUGGCGACAAAAUCACAUUGUGUAGCCAUGUGGAAGCCAUAUAGUGCGAGAUUGGUGAAAAUUGUAGAGAUUGGAAUUCAACAACAUUUGCUUUGUGUCGUAUGCUUCACACAGACAGCUUGUUGUUUAUUGAUGGAGGCAGUGUAUGAAUUUGCUUCAGCUUUGUCAGCUACAUUUCAUAAUGAAACAACCAUUAACUAAGGCAGUGAGUAGAUAUUUACCUGUGGCUGAAAAUUAUGCUGGAAUUUUACAUCAGAAUACAAUGUAAUUUCUCUUAACAACAGCUUCGCUGUUAGAAAUUGAGCCCAAUAUCAGAAAUGGAGCUUUGCUUUGCUUCAGGGCUUCAUGGCAUGAGUAGUGAUAAAAUUACCUGCCGCUAGAGGGCACUUGCUUCCUGGACAAAUGGUUUAUGGAACACUGCCCAGAUGAGGCUGAUCAUUGUGAGUUUUUGGAUAAAUGAAUCACUAUUCAAUAAUGAAAGCAUUGGUUUGGUUUCAGGAACUGUUGAGUAGCUCCAUAUAUAGAAAACUCAACUAAAUGUUUAAAAAGAGCAAGAUUUUUAUGGAUCUAUCUAUCUGUCUGGCCGUCGGUCCAACUAUUGUUAGAAAUACUACUAACAUUUAUUAGAAGUUUAACCUGAACUGCCACUUAGAAAAAAGUGCAAAAUAGUCCCUCCUUGUCUUUGAAAAAUGACAAAUAAAGAAUCAACUACUGAAUCUCUGAGGAAAAUUUCUGUCACACUUAAACCUUUAAAUCCCUUCAUACAUAUGUACUUUCUUAGCCAUUUCCAAGACUUUGAUUUAGAUCAUUCAACUUUGUUCAAAUCUCAGAUGGUCCUCUGAGAAGACGCAUCGAGUCUGCGGUGUAUAUUGACAGAAUCCUUGAAUAGCUUUCCUACUGAGGGACUACCUCUAAAGCCUGUCACUUAGGGAGCCCGAGGAAGUGAUUGCUACUUUUAAAUAGUCUCUCAAGCUGUGCUAUUGACUCCAAUUCAGAGACCAGUCAGACACACUUGUACUCUAUUGGGAGCUUCAA